AGAUAAUCUCUUGGGAAUUUCCUGGGUUGACAGCUCCUGGAUUCCAAUAUUAAACAAUGGGAGUGUGUUGGACUAUUUCUCAGAGCGAAGUAACCCAUUCUAUGACCGAACAUGUAACAAUGAAGUUGUCAAAAUGCAGCGGAUGACCUUGGACCAUUUGAACCAGAUGGUUGGAGUGGAGUACAUCCUUCUUCACGCUCAGGAGCCCAUUCUCUUCAUUAUCCGAAAGCAGCAAAGGCAAUCUCCAACACAAGUUAUUCCAUUGGCUGACUACUAUAUUAUUGCUGGAGUGAUUUAUCAGGCACCUGACUUAGGAUCUGUCAUUAACUCCAGAGUUCUUACUGCAGUGCAUGGAAUUCAGUCUGCUUUUGAAGAAGCUAUGUCCUACUGUCGCUAUCACCCAUCCAAGGGCUACUGGUGGCAUUUCAAAGAUCAAGAAGAACGGGAGAAAGCUAAACCAAAAGCCAAGAAGAAAGAAGAACCAAGUUCUAUUUUCCAAAGGCAACGGGUAGAUGCUUUGCUUUUAGACCUAAGACAAAAGUUUCCACCCAGAUUUGUUCAGCAAAAGCCUGGAGAAAAGCCUAUCCCAGUGGAUCAAAUCAAGAAGGAACCAGAACCAGUCCCUGAAGCUGUCAAGCCAGAGGAAAAAGAGACUGCAAAGAAUGCUCAGCAGAGUGCUGGUGCUAAAGGACCACCUGAAAAACGGAUGAGACUCCAGUGAAGGGAGAAGUUGUUACACAUCUGGAUUAGUCAGUAUGUGGAAAACAGGAGAUUCUCGCUCCCCUUUUUUAUAUUUAAGUUCUUCAACUGAGACUGACAAUUCAGGGACUGAAGUCCCUGUAACAGCUUUUUCUGUAGAAACCUGUCAUGCAGAUGUUAAUGUCAGGAUGCGAGCUGCCUCAAAAAUGGUGUUUUCAGUCUUCAUCUUAUUUUGAAUGUUGGCUUCUGGGAAUGGUUUUUACAUGGACAUAUUUUGCAGCCUCCUGAAAUCUUUACAAACUCUUGCAUCCCUUGUGUCUUGUUUUCCUAUGUAAAAAGAAAAACUUUUGUAUAUAAAAAAAAAAACCCUGAAUUCUUGGUAAAUAAAAUUCCUGGCUGCUGGAA